UACAGUGAUGGUCAAAGAACGCAAAUUUUUGGAUUAUUAAAAUAUACAAGAAAUAUGGCAUGUGCAGCCGAAGCUCAAAGCACCGGAUUGACUCUAAGUGAAAUAAGUUUGAUGACACCACAAACAAAGUUAAAAACUUUUUGUAGCUCCUUCCCUGCUGUCAAGCCUAGUAUGGCAAUUCUACCAAAUCAGGAGAUUGCUAAACUGAUUUGCGGAGCUUGCCAAACAUUCGUGAAAGUCUUUCCCCAGUUGCAGGGGUUUAACAAAUGUGCAAGUCGCAACCAUGAAGCUUCACUUGAUGAUUCAAAGCACAUCAUCAGAGGACUGGAUGCUGAACUCAACAGAGUGGUAAAGUUUAAGAAGUUCUCCCAGAUGUCUGAAAAGAUAAAACAUAAAGGAAGUAUGGAAGAACAACAAUAUUAUAUUUUGCAUUGGGCUGAAGAGUUAGAGACUACACAGAAAAAACAAAAGGAAGAUACAUUGUUACAUGAAAAGAAACUUACACCUUCUGAAAAGAGCAGAUUGGAGAGUGAAAUUAAUUGGGAAAGAGCUAAAGAAAUCUUGUCUGACUGGACUUGGAAAAUGAAAGAAAUGAAAGAGAACUCAGUGUGUCCCAAAAGAGAAUAUAAAGAAACACUUAAGGAUCUUUACAAACAGUGCAAGCAGGGAGAGUCCAGCAUACUUCCGGUAAUGGAUUGGAUGAUGUGGACUGUACUACAGUCAGAAAACUGUGAGGAAUCCUCUCCCAAAAUGUGGAUGAAGAAACAGAAAUCCAAAAAUACAGUUGGAUUACCCGUUCCCAACUCAGUUUGGAAUUGGAUCACAAAGUCAACAGCUUUCGUAGUUCUGGAUCCAAAUACAGCCAACCCAGAUCUCCAGGUCUCUGAAAACAGAAAAUCUGUGAUAGCAAGUAACUACAACUCUGACAUCAAUCAUUGGGAUGGGUUUGAAAGGAAGUGUUCUAGAUAUGAUGGCUGGACUUGUGUUCAAGCUGAAGAGGGUUACAACACAGGUCGUCAUUACUGGGAGGUAAAUGUAAGGAAGAAACGUGAGUGGCGGGUGGGAGUUGUAAAGGAAUCAGCUCCCCGGAAUGGAUAUGUUACUAUGACCCCAAAAGCAGGUUACUGGAAUCUGCGUCUGCAACUGGGGACUGUAAUGGCUCUGACUGCACCUGUCACUAAACUCUACCUGCCAACACCCUCAAGAUUAGGGGUUUAUCUGGACAUAGAUGAGGGUCAGGUCUCCUUCUAUGAUGCAGAAAAACGAAGACAUAUUUACACAUUUAUCACAGACUUUAGUGGGACUGAAAACAUUUACCCAAUGUUUGGCACCAUUGAGACAGACAGAGAGUUGAGGAUUUUAUAGGCACAGCCUACAUCCAAACACAGUUCAUUUUGGAUGGGAACUCUGCAUCUUCUUUAAAUUCACUCUCCUGACUCUGUACCCAGAUUUCUAGCGCUGUGCAUAACCCUUGAUAUAGUUUGUACUAAAAUGUUUUCCCUGGACAGCUGUUGAUAGCAAAUAUUUCUUCUGUUAAUUUCCUUAAAACUCUUUCAUAUACAAACUCUUUUUUUGGGGGGCACGACGUUGCUGUCGGACCAAUGUUUGUUGGUAACCCACUCUGGGCAGCUUGCUUAUUUAGAACCAUUUUACUGGUAACACUUGUAGCCUGUGAGCUAGCUCCUUUUGCUUGUAUCUUGUAUCUAUGAAAUGCAACUAAGAUGGUCAUAUAGCGAGAUAUUGUACCACCAAUAUGCCAAUUAGGUCUUUACCUAUUGUGAGUUCCAUUAGGGGGAGUGUUGUUGGCUCAAAAACUGAUUCAGGACCUCUUUGUGCAUUGGUGGGGUCUUCUCCAUCAUUGAAUGUCAAAAUGGUACCUGUUGAUGCAAUGUGUUUGUUUAAUACUGGCUCUAUGGUGACCACAUAAACAGAAAGUGAUUUUAAUUUCAAAUUUUUCUGAUUUGGGUAGGGGGUCUUCAUGACUGCGCAUGGUUGGCAUUAAAAGCUGCUAAUGGAAGGGAUAUUCCUUGUGUGGGACAUGUAGAACUUAAUAUUAUUUAAUUAGGGCUCACAUAACCCAGAAAAGGGGGUUUGAUCGUUAAAGAUACCUGUUCUCCAGUAUGUAUGCUCAGGAGGAGAAAAUUCCUGCUGUAUUGGGUAUGAAUAUUAUCAGAGAAUGUUAUGCUAACCUGUUUAAUAAAACAUGGUGCUGAGCUUUUUAUGAUCCCCCAAAUACAAUCAGCUACUUUGGGGUGGAACCAGGCAUUUCGGUGCUGUCAGAAAAUGGAAGCCAUGUCCAAUUCUUGCUCUUCAUUUUGGUGAUAGUGCAGGGUAACACUCCAGUUCAGGUGGCAGCGGGCACACUGAUCCUGGUUCCUGUUACCUGCCCCCAAGUUUCAGGUGCAAUGGUUGAGUUUCUCCUACAACCAUCAGGGUCUGAAGAACAUGCUCUUCCGAAGGGUUUGCUAUCCCCCUCCCUGUUAUAUGCAGAGAGAGGGUUAGUCUAUGCACCCAUUGUUAAUGUAGGUGGUAUGGAGGUAGCCCCGCGUCAGAUUAUAGGCACUGUUCAGGUAGUGACAGUGAUUCUGACUUCUAUUUUUUCUCUACUCUUUAUAAAAAAGAAAUCUAACUUGGCUCUGUAUACUAUGUUAGGUUAUAUGAGACCAUUUUUUUUUUUUUGAUUGCACUUAUGCUUUAUGUUGGGGUUCCAUUGCUUACCCCAUCUGUAAGUCCCUUUGGAUAAAAGCGUCUGCUAAAUGACUAAAUGUAAAUGUAAAAGCGCCAGGGCCUAGACUCGAAUUAUGCCCAGAAGAUGUGUAUUGUGCAAAAGUGUCCGUUCGGCUGGGGAAACAGUUGUCCAACUGCCAUAUUGCCAUGCCGUCUUUUGAGGGGCUGACUGGGAUGAAGCAGAGCAGGCAAGGGGGCUUUUGAAAAAAUAUCUGGGCGUUUUGAAACAUGAAAUUCCGUUAGUGGAUGAUAAACCAGUCCAACAACUGUAUAGACCGAUACGAGGGUGUACGCUUGCAUAUCCAACAGCUUUUAGACCGUAAGGUAAUAAGGGAAAGUAGUAUUCCUUACUGGUCCCCGAUUGUCCAUGUACAGGACUGUGUUGAUGGCAGUGUUGCAGGUAAUUGAAACUGAAUUGAAAUGUGAUUAAAGGAAAUAUUUGUAUUGUUAUUUGAAUUAUAAAGUGUAUUUCUGUGUUUCUUUGUAGUAGUUGUAGUUGUACGCUGUUCCUCCGGGUUUUUUUUUGGUUAGGUUUUCCCUUUUUUUCCCUUUCUCAUUGAUCUUUAUCUAAAUAAUAAUCAUCAAACAUUAGUUUUAUAAGCUUGAUUUUUACUAAUUUGUUACAAAUAUUUUUGGUAAUAUUUAUGUUAGUCACAAUUCAUGUUGUAGUCAAAUAAAUAUGAAUUUUGCUUUUAAAUAAAGUUAAUUUCCUAA